GUGAGAGUCAUGUCUGUCUCUCUGCUGCCUCUCCUCUGUGUCCUGGUGGGCUGGUCGGCCGCCUUCCAGGAGGCCACCAUGGACCACACGGAGGAGUUGGACUUGACUGCUAACGUCAUCCUCCCGGAGGCCACCAUGGGCCAAAGGGGGGAGUUGGACUUGACAGCUAACGUCAUCCUCCCGGAGGCCACCAUGGGCCAAAGGGGGGAGUUGGACUUGACAGCUAACGUCAUCCUCCCGGAGGCCACCAUGGGUCACAGGGAGGAGAUGGACUUGACAGCUAAUGUCUUCCCCCCGAAGGCCACCAUGGGUCACAGGGAGGAGAUGGACUUGACAGCUGACGUCAUCCUCCCGGAGGCCACCAUGGGCCACAGGGAGGAGUUGGACUUGAAUGCUAAUGUUAUCUUCCCUGAGGUCACCAUGGGCCACACAGAGGAGCUGGACUUGACAACUAACGUCAUCCUCCACGAGACCACCAUGGGCCACACGGAGGAGUUGGACUUGACAACUGUCAUCCUCCCGGAGGCCACCAUGGGCCACACGGAGGAGUUGGACUUGACAACUGUCAUCCUCCCGGAGGCCACCAUGGACCACACGGAGGAGUUGGACUUGACAACUAACGUCAUCCUCCCGGAGGUCACCAUGGGCCACACGGAGGAGUUGGACUUGACAACUAACGUCAUCCUCCCGGAGGCCACCAUGGGCCACACGGAGGAGUUGGACUUGACAACUAACGUCAUCCUCCCGGAGGCCACCAUGGGCCACACGGAGGAGUUGGACUUGACAGCUAACUCCAUUUUUAACCUGAUUGCUAUACACCAGCUGCAGGAGGAGCAGCGAGGCGUCCAGGAAGGUGUGAACAAUAUGCAGAUGGUGAUGGCUAACCUGACUGAACUGAUCUCCACUCACCUGAUUCUUGAUGACAAUUAUACGCAAG